ACGAGGCCGCUGGUGUUUUACGAUUCUAAUCGAGCAACAACGUGGCGCCCAGUCGUCGAUGGAAAUUCUGCCAAUGGAACAUCGCACAACCACCCAAUAUAUUCGUUUGAAGUAUAACUGCGGCUGAAACUUUGGUUAUGCACACUCCAUCUAUCGGAUAACAAGAGUUUACGUUGAGUAUCGUUGAAUAAGAUUCAUUAUCUUUUCGCGUUUUCGUUCAUUUUCGCUCGAAUUAUACUUCGCAAUUUUCUGGAUCAACGAUACGACGAUACGAGUACCAUGAACGAAGAAGAUAGAAGAAAGUUCAACGUUCCUUACGAACGUCCAAUAUCAAAUCGAAGCAAACACAUCGUCGUAUUGAAAUACAGCAGAGUAUUCACGAAAUAUUGGCGGUUAUACUGCAAGCACACAACUUUAGUGGGUCUGAAGUAUUUUUUGAAAGACGAAGUAACCUGGUUGGAGAAGUUCCUAUGGCUUCUCGUAUACAUAAUCUCCAUAAUUUGCGGCUUUCUCCAGAUGGUUAAUAUUUAUCAGGCGUACAAAGAUAUACCAGUAACAGCCACGUUAGAGUCGGAGUAUUUUCCAACUAAUGAAAUAAAAUUCCCCGGUAAGUUAAGAUACAUAUAAUGAAAAUUCGAAGCAGAAAAUCGCUAAGCUAUGCGCAAACGAGGUACUACAUCGUUAAAAAAAAAAAGGGAAAAAGAAAACAAGAAAAUCAUCGUCCAAUUUCGUUCUUUUACCACCUGAACGUCUGAGUUCGAUUAAAAACCGGAGCCCUCAGCGAUCUCGUUUUAAUUAAGCGAUUUGAACGGGUAGCGUGGGACCAGCCUUUAAAUUUUAUGGACGAAACCACGACAGGAAAACCUAACCUUUUCACCAGCUCUGAUUACUGUCUUUCUAGCCGUGUCUGUUUGCACCAUUAACAGAAUAAGUCUUCAAUCCGCCACGAAACUCGCGACUGAAAUGUGAGGAGCUGUUGAGUAUUAAAUAAACACCGGUGUUCUCGCGAGGAGUGAGUGUGAGCAAGCAUCGUAGCU